AUGACCUCACACAAGCGCAAACAUGAGAGGCGACACAUCCGCAGCUCGGGGGUGCUUGGCCUUGCAUCUUCCCUUAUGGGGGGAAAGGACAAUGACAUGGAGGAGUCUAGCAACGAUGAUCUCAUUGACUUUUCUGCUUUGAGUAGCAAGAACUCUAGUCUGAGUGCCUCUCCCACAAGUCAGCAGUCUUCCGUAUCCCUGGUUCCUACUGUUUCUGAGGCACCUUCUCCACAAACACUGAAAUCCACCAGCACCAUUCCACCUACAACCAAGAUGUCAACCCUUUUGUCCCAGACAUUGCCGACUAAUAUGCCCUUGGCUUUAGCCUUAUCUAGUACUACGCUCCCUGUAGGAUCGGGGCCAUAUUUCCCUAUCAUAAGUGGACGUGGUGGCACCUCAAUUCCCAUCAGCACCAGUAACAUAGUGCCCGUGGCUGCCCCUGACACUUCUCCACAGUCUGCUUCUGGGGCCAGCGAUCAAAAUAGCACUUCGCCAGCUGCUACAUCCAUUAUGGAAAAGAUUUCUGCCAGUAAAGGGCUAAUCUCUCCUAUGAUGGCAAGGCUGGCAGCAGCCGCCAUCAAACAGUCUCCAUCACCUGAAGCAGGCAAUGGGCAAGUAUUAGGACGGAUUAAGCCAGAGGCUCCCGAUACAGAAGGAACAACGCCCCAAAGUAGCUCUCAGGAGCAGAGCCUGGACCUGAGUAUAAACAGUAAUGAGUCCAAUGGUCAAGAAAUACCAACUGAUUUACAACUACAUUGUUCUCUUGUGGGCAAGAUCCAGCACUCCAUUUCCAACACAGGCAGCUUGUUAAGCCUGAAAACAGAUGCAGACAGUAGUGAUUCUGGGGCAGGAGAGUCCACCCAUUAUCUGGGGAAAGUGAUGAAGGCCCUUGAUGGUGAAAAGCAUACUGAACCCUGGAAGACAUAUCUACGCAGGUUUGGUCCUGCAGAUGUGUGUGACCAUCAUUGUGACUUUCUUCAUAAACUUCAUUUCCACUGUGUUGUAGAGGAAUGUGGAGCACUUUUCAGUACCUUUGAUGGAGCCAUAAAACAUGCCAACUUUCACCUGCGAAAUGAUGUAGGAACCUCAAAAGGUAGCUCAGAAAUACCUUAUUCCUCAGACUCAAAGAUCUCCCCUAUGCCGACAUCACCCACCUUAACCUCAAAUAUGGCGCCUGGUUGUGAGGUUCCAGCUCCUUGUCUUGCUGCGGUUCCAUCCACUCCAACUCUUCUGGCCUGGAAGCAGCUGGCAUCGUCCAUCCCACAGAUCCCCCAGAUACCCACCUCAGUACCCAGUUUAGCUUCAUCCCCCAUGGCAACAACAUCUCUGGAGAAUGCGAAGCCUCAGGUCAAGCCAGGAUUUCUGCAGUUCCAGGAGAACGAUCCAUGCCUGGCAACUGACUGCAAAUAUGCAAACAAGUUCCAUUUCCAUUGUCUGUUUGGAAACUGCAAGUAUGUGUGUAAAACGUCGGGUAAAGCAGAGUCCCAUUGCCUUGACCACAUCAACCCCAAUAAUAGUCUGGUGAAUGUGCGGGACCAGUUUGCAUACUAUUCCCUGCAGUGCCUGUGCCCCAACCAGCACUGCGAGUUUAGAAUGCGUGGACACUACCACUGUCUACGGCCCAACUGCUACUUUGUCACCAACAUCACUACCAAGCUGCCGUGGCAUGUGAAAAAAACACGAGAAGGCUGAACGAAGAGCAGCAAAUGGCUUCAAGUACUUCACUAAACGAGAAGAAUGUGGAAGAUUGGGAUGCAAAUACAAUCAGGUGAACAGUCAUUUUCACUGCAUUCGGGAGGGGCUGUCAGUUUUCUUUCCUACUAAAACAUCAAAUGACAUCACAUGCCCGUAAACACAUGAGGAGGAUGCUGGGAAAGAACUUUGACCGUGUACCUGGACAGUUGGUUUCACAAACUUCAAUGAGUGGCAGCACAGCCCCAAGUCCUAACUCCACAGAAAAUCCAUCAUUGUUUCAAACCACAGCUCAGAACAUGAUGGACACAGAGACUGAUGAAUGCAUGGACUACACUGGUUUGGGCAGUCCUGGUGGGAUGUCGUCUGAGUCCUCCAACCCUGACCGCAGCUGCUCCAGUACUCCUGUGGGCAAUGAAAGUACAGAUGCAGGCUGCCUGGUCCCUUCUGCUUCUGACGACGCUCUCACCCACAAUGCACCUCCACCACCUCCAGCAGCGGCUAUGCCUCAUGUUCCUACCUUUCCUCCUGCCUUGGUCAGGCCUCCCCUCUCUUCCCUUCCGUACCUGCUGUCUCCAUCCUGUGUCUCAUACUCCCUGAUCACUGCCAGCCUGGGGGUCAGCAGGGGCAUUGUGGUGCCAACAAGCAGCGCUCCAACUUUCACACCAGUAAUAGCCACUCAAGCUCCAGUCAAAAGUGAUGUUCCACUAGUACAGGAUGCAGCAGGGAACACCAUUACCAUGCCAACAGCUUCUGGAGCCAAAAAACGAUUCUGGAUCAUUGAGGAUAUGUCACCUUUUGGUAAACGACGCAAGACCGCUUCUUCCCGCAAAAUGCUGGAUGAAGGGAUGAUGUUGGAAGGAUUCAGGCGUUACGAUCUGUAUGAAGACUGCAAAGAUUCCGCAUGCCAGUUCUCCUUGAAGGUGACUCAUUAUCACUGUACCAGAGAGAACUGUGGCUACAAAUUCUGUGGACGAACACACAUGUACAAACAUGCCCAGCACCAUGAUAGAGUGGACAACCUGGUUUUAGAUGACUUUAAGCGGUUCAAAUCCUCUCUUAGCUGCAACUUCCCUGACUGCCAGUUCUCAGGGAACAGCACUCACUUCCACUGUUUGCGCUGUGGCUUCCGAUGCACUGACAGCACUAAAGUGACCGCGCACCGCAAGCACCAUGGAAAGCAGGACGUCAUCAGUGCUGCUGGAUUCUGCCAAUUUAGCUCCAGUGUAGAUUGUGAAGUGCCCGACUGCAAGUACAAGCUGAAGUGCUCACACUUUCAUUGCACUUAUCCCAGCUGUAAGCACACUGUGGUGGGAAUGUCUCAAAUGGACUCACACAAGCGCAAACAUGAGAAACAAGAACGGGGGGAGCUACCCUCUGUUUCUCCAGGUCCAGAAGGAUCAACUCAUAGUGCACCUGAGUUUGACCUCCACAAUCAAACAGUGAACUUGGACAGCUCUCUCAAACUUGAGCACAGACACUCACAGCUCUCUCCUAUUCCUACAAAAUGCUGCUGGGGUAGGCCUGAAUGACUCACUAGACCUGAGCAAGAAGCCACAGGAUGGUGCUGACAGUGGCUCAAGGGAAAACAUUGAGACGACCAAUUGCAGGGAUGUCGAUGAUGAUCUGUCCCAGGAAGAAGAUGAUGAUGAAGAUGAAGAGGACGACGACGACGAUGAUGAUGAUGAAGAACUGAAUGAAGAUGAGGACGAGGAGGAGGAUCUUAAUACAGAUUCUGAGGAUUCCUUGCCUGAUGGUGAAUGUUUACCAAGGAAAGGAAGGAACGAAAGUGCAGAGGAUUCUACAAACCACUGUGAUACCUCCCAAACUCCAUUAAACCUUCAGACAUCCCCUUAA